AUGAUGCACGUGAUCGGAGCUGCCGUCCCGCACUAUAUUAUCGGUAUCGCGUUGGGUGCCGGCGUGUUCGGUAUGUUCAUGUUGUGUGAGGGUUUCAUGGUUCCUCGUGACUCGAUCCCGGACUACUGGAUCUGGGGCUACUACCUGGCGUUCCACUCGUACUCGUUCGAGUCGUUCGUGUUCAAGCAGUUCGAGAACGAGACGUCAGACGCGGCCAAAGCGAUUUUGACAAAAUACGGCAUGGAGGACGUGGACGUCUCCCGAGAUAUGAUGCUUUUGAUCGUGUAUAUCGUGGGCUUCCAGGCCAUUUUCGCGGCCAUCCUGUGGAAAUUUCACACAGGUCGUCGCUGA